AAACAAGCAACAUCAUGAAAGAAACGUAACGGUGAAACUAAAGAAAUACGGGCUUGGUAAUCAUAAACAGUAGAGUUCAUGUCUAGUCCAUCAAGCAUGCAUGUAAGGAAUCGCAUCAAGUAUCGAUGUCAUGAGAAUUUCAGAUCACUUUCACAUGAAAAUGAACCAUGAGACUUUUUCGUGAGCUUGUUAUCUGGAAGAACUUGCUUCAAUCAACGAGCGAUACAUAUUCAUGACUUGUUACUAAGCACUUGAUUUGGAUUAAUACCACCUUGACCUUUAAUAACAAGAAUAUUGUUGGAUCUUUUGUGAACAAAACAUGACACCAUGUAGCCCUGUCUGGUCGACCUGGUGUCUCUGGUUGCUGCUGGCGCACGGUUUCCCUAUCAGAAUGAGGAGAUGACGGCGCCCCUGGAGCCACCAAAAGGAGGCCUGUACAGAGUCCGGCGAAGAGGCUGGGUCGUCUUCAGCGGUAGUACGUACAGAAUGAGAUGUCUUGCUUUGAUGAUGUUUCAGAGGAAACGCUGCUCUGCCAAAGCUUAAUAUAAUCGCCUUGACGCAAAACGACACCAGAGCCGGCGCUGGUUAUUGACAAAAAGAUUCACAUCCGUCUCGCUUCAAUCUGGCACUUAUUUUUUUUGCGGCACACGAAGUGAUACGCAGCAAAUACAACAAGGACUGUUACUGUUUUCGGCCGCGGCGUUCGCCAUAAUACACGCCCCGUCGCGCGCUGCACCCUAAAUAAACGUACAAGACAGAUCUGCAUCUGCAAUCUCAAGAACCAUGUCUGCCGCACCUGGAGGUGGUGACUUUGGCAUGAUUGCAAAUCAGCCUGUAGUCAUCGACAAUGGGUCAGGCGUGAUGAAAGCGGGCUUCGCUGGGGACGAAGGACCAAAGUGCGUGUUCGCGAAUUACGUCGGUCGACCAAAACACGAUAGAGUAAUGGCUGGUGGCGCAGAGGGUGAUCUCUUCGUUGGCGAAAGCGCUGAGCAGCUGCGCGGAUUACUAGCGUGUAGCUAUCCAGUACGGCACGGCGUGGUAAAUGAUUGGCUGCAAAUGGAACAAGUAUGGGACCAUGUAUUCCACAACGAACUAAAAAUCAGCCCAGAAGAACAUCCAGUGCUGCUCACGGAAGCGCCCUUGAUUAUGGCCAUUGGUUGAUGACUCAACGACAAAGACAACGAAAUACAAAAUAGUUGAUGGUCCGUUUAUGGUAGCCUCGUUGGUUUGCACGAGCAAGAACCUCUAUCGGAAACCUCUAAAACUGGCCUUCUAACAUCAAUCCAGUGAAGAACCGAGAAAAGGCAGCCGAAGUUCUAUUCGAGUCUUUCAACGUGCCAGCGCUUUUUGUCUCAGUUCAGGCUGUUUUGUCCCUGUAUGCAUCAGGACGCACUACUGGUGUUGUACUAGACUCGGGCGAUGGCGUUUCGCAUGUAGUUCCUGUUUACGAGGGCUUUGCGCUGGGUCACGCAAUACAGCGAAUGGAUGUAGCCGGCAGGGACGUUACAGAAAAUUUGAUGCUCCAGCUGAGGCGGCAUGGCCACGUCUUCCAUACAAGUGCAGAGAGGGAAAUCGUAUCAUUGUUAACUUAAACUUUGUGCUUUCCUGAGGGUGGACGGGGUUUCGUAGAAAAGGAGCUUCACUUCACACUUCUUUCGAAUGGGACCCAUGUAUCUAUAUCUUUCUUCAGGUCCGGGAGAUGAAGGAGCAAGUGUGCUACGUAGCCUUUAAUCCAGUCAAAGAGGAAUCAUCGUCGCCGGAAAAUGUCCCACGAACUUAUCGGUUACCUGAUGGCCAGGUUAUCAGCUUAGGAGCGGAAAGAUUCCGCGCACCGGAGCUACUCUUUCAGCCGAAUCUCAUAGGCUACGAGUAUCCAGGUGUUCACGAACACCUGCAGCAUGCGAUAAGUACCUUUUUUUUGUCUUAGAAACUUCUAAACCCUAUUCUUGCCAGAGUAGUUUAUAGCACGCAUGGUGCAUGGAGUAGCAUGGAGUGCAUGGAGCGCAGAGCUUUAAGGGGCGCAAGAAGCUCCCCCUUUAGCUCCAUGCUACUCCAUGUGAUCCAUGCACUCCAUGCCGUGCGAGCUGUGGAACCUUAUAAAUUGCUCUGUAUAUUCUUUACUCGCAAUCAGAAACGGCCCCUCUUAACAAUUUGCGAAGACUCAUUCUUUUCCUUCUAAAUCUAAAUCUCUUAGUUGAGUUCUUUCUCAGAUCGCGCGGACAUGGAUCUUCGGAAGACGUUGUAUUCACAGAUCGUGUUGUCAGGAGGAAGUACUAUGUUUCCCGGUUACGGUGAUAGGCUACUGAACGAAAUGCGGAAGCUUGUGCCGAAAGAUUGUACAACUACUGGUUGAAUGUCUACCCUUUUGUAUCAAGAAGAUCAACAAAGUGCAAGCGUCCAAUGAAAAUGACUUCAUCUACUACAAGUACAACUGCUAGUCUACUACCAACAGGGCCGAGGAUGAAGACGACGAUGUUCGUUCUUGUAGCUUGCAUCUCGAAAUAUUGCGUUAUGAUCCUUCCCACAGGUAAAAUUCGAAUAUCUGCGCCGCCGAACCGCACCCUUUCGACGUGGACUGGCGGAAGCAUUCUAGCGAGUCUCGCAACGUUCAAAAGCAUGUGGGUAUCGCGCGAAGAAUACGACGACGAGGGUGGGUCUGUGAUGCAUCGAAAAACGUUCUAGCCUUCGCCGCGGGUGGUUGUGUUGACGACUCAAUUACAACCAAUUGUGUACCUGUGGAUGAGUAUGUGCAUAGCUGCGAAAUAGCGCUACAACAACCAAUACAUGGCAUGUUGAGCAGGUUUGCGCGCUGAAAGAGACCCCGCGAACGAGCCCCCGAAGUCUUUCUUCUUACUCAUCCGUUCAUACACCUUAUGAUCUAUAUCGCUUCAAACUCAAAGAAACAACAAUUAAGUUCUGCUUGCGGUGAAACAAAAUCUGAAUGAGAAUGACGAGUACUUCUGUACCUACAGUAAACUAACAAGCCAAAGAAUGGGUGUCAUACUGAUACACACGAAUGUCUACCAGCACUGCGACUGCGGAGACGGUGCUAAUAUUAAGAAUUUGAUAUUCAAUCAUUUUGUCUUUGCCGGGUACUGUGAAGAAUCUGAAUUCUUCGAAGAAGAACUUCCAUAGAAGAGCAUCGCUAAGAAGAGGUCUGACCAUUACGCUAGCACAGCCUCGUUCUUUUCCAGAACUACCGGGCGUAUUAGUAUUUGGGCUUGGUACCAAUGCAUGUCAUAUUUCAUUUUGUUUUGAUGCAUCCAUUGUGAUCCAUCACAUUGAUCCAUGAUCCCCUGAAACUGAAACAAACUCUCCUCCCAGUUCACUCCACGUGUUUUGUCAUUAUCAUUGCUAGAAAGAAUGACAAAGUUUUCGGAUCGCGAUCACCCUCAGCAUAUGAAACCUCUGAAGCGGUUGAAAAUUCCGAAUCUUGCAAUUUCUGACGAUGACUCGUUGCAUGCGAAUGAAAAUCACGUAUGCAGGAAUGAAGGACCUCGCUUCCAUCCUGAAUCAUUUUAUCCCGCCUUGCUUAUGCUUACUGUUACUCGUAU